AUACAAAUUGUGGUUCUCCAAUUAUCUAUUCCGUCUCAUAGUGGUGUAACAGUAGUGUAGUUAACUUAGAAGCUAUCAACCCAAUAACUAAACAAGGAGAAGAAUGUGCGGAAAACAGUGGCAAUGGCGGCUCCCAUGAGCUCCUUUGCUCGUAGUUAAAUCAAUAGAACCUCCAUGUCAAGUUGAUGCUUUGAACUGCAUUUUGUGCUCAUUGUUUUCGUGCCUGAUUGGUAAAUUUAUACUGCAUUUGUAUGGAAGAGAGAAGAGAAAGGAAGGGGAAGACAUACUGUGUGACAGGGGGGACAGGUUACAUAGGAUCAUGGCUCGUGAAGUCUCUCCUGGAAAGAGGCUACACUGUUCAUGCCACUCUCCGGAGUCCUGAGAAGGCAUCUCAUUUGUUCAAGUCGUGGCAAGGCGGGGAUAGGUUGCGUCUAUUCAGGGCUGAUUUACUGGAAGAUGGAAGUUUCGAUGAGGCAGUAAUAGGCUGUGAUGGUGUAUUCCAUGUUGCAGCUUCAAUGGAAUUUGGGGUGCCAGCUGUAGAAGAUCUCGGAGACCAACUUGAAAAUCUCACAUUCAUCGACUUCUUUUCUCUUAAAGAAAGCUACGUUAAAACCGAAGUCAUAAAUCCAGCAAUACGAGGGACGCUUAACGUUCUCAAGGCUUGUUUAAGAUCGAAUACUGCUAGGAGGAUUGUUUUUACAUCAUCAAUAAGCACAUUGACUGCCAAAAACAGCUCUGGAGGAUGGAUACCAAUAGUUGAUGAGGCUUGCCAGACACAUGUUCAUCAUGUUUUAAAGACAAAAGCAAGUGGCUGGGUCUAUGCGCUCGCGAAGCUUUUGACAGAAGAGGCAGCUUUCCAGUAUGCAGAAGAGAACGGCAUUGAUCUGAUAUCAGUGAUAACAACCACUGUAGGUGGUCCCUUCCUCACUCCAACAGUUCCAUCAAGCAUUCAAGUUCUCCUCUCCCCAAUUACAGGUGAUCCUAAGAUGCUCUCAAUUAUGGACUCUGUGAACUCAAGAAUGGGGUCAAUCGCGUUAGUUCACAUUGAAGAUAUAUGUAAUGCACAUAUGUUCCUUAUGGAGCAUCCGAAGGCUGAAGGUCGAUACAUAUGCUGCAUCCGGAGUUGUGUGAUGUCUGAACUGGUUGGGCUUCUUAGAAAAGAGUACCCUUGUUCCACUGCACAGAGGUCUUCCAGCAUGGAGCAGGAUUCGAUCCCAGCUGAGAUUUCUUCGAAGAAGAUUAGAGACAUGGGAUUUGAGUUCAAGUAUGGUAUUCAAGAUAUUAUUCAUCAGACUAUCAGAAAGUGUGUGGAUUGUGGCUUUCUACCACUCACUCGUAACAAGUAAGCCAAUGCGCUAUACAUAUGAUUGCACGAGUUUAACUCUAAUAAAAGAUUUAGCCAACCCUUUAGUUUAUGCUGCAGUCAUUGAAAAAAUAUGUGAGAGCCCACCAAAGUAAUACUUAAGAGUAUCAAUGUUCGCCUAUUUGACUGAUUUCUGAUUCAAGAUAUAGAGCUCUCUCGUUUCACUUUCU